AUGAACGAGUCGAGCACGUUGACAUCCAUGGACGACCAUCAACCCGUGAACUGGGAAUUGAUGACGAGCCUCGGGCUCUACGCCAAUACGGACGCGGCGAAGGGGCCUGUGCAAAGCCCCCUGUCGCCGAUGAGCGAUAUGCUCUCCGGAUUGCCUAGUGCAGGGUCGAGCGACACGCCGUUGCCGGGUGCCACCGCGCUGCAUCCCUCCAAUUCCAUACGCAGCCAGCGGAACUGGAGCGAGUUUGACGGGCAUCCCGUAUCGCCUCUGCCGAGCCCGCUUAUUCGCUCCAUCCUCGACGAUGACGAUCCCUCGUCGUGGCAAUCGCAGCAAAUCAUUCCUUCCAGCCCGACCGAGGAGCUCUCCAAGACCCAGGCCUUCUUUAGUGCAUCCGCUGCUGCGAAGCCGCCACCCAAGCCACCGCGCAACCUGAAUAUCGCACGCAGUGCGUCGAGCCGCACACCGAGCUCAGCUGUGGACACGAUACGCAGGCGCCAGCGCGCGCUUUCCUCGCCGCACCAGCCGCAGGAACCGUUGCGGAUGGAAACGCUCACGGUGCCCUCCGCGCUCGAGGUGCCACAAACGAAUAAUUUGCACGAACGGCCCUUUAAUGCGCUGCCCGUCGAGCGCAAGGCCUCGCGCCCCAUUUCACGCCAUGUACACGGACCGUCGAUGAAUGUGACAAACGACAGCAUCAUGCCCACCUCGCCCCCGCCUACGUCUGUGAUCGACCCUGAUAUGUCAAACGAGCGCCCGUUGGUCCACUCGCCGACCGGGAAGGAGCCUGUGAUGGCCAACGACAAUGAACAGCUGCUCCAAUCGGUCGACAUUCCUACCGAGCAGGAGGACGAGAAAGAGGGGCUCGUCGGCCCGUAUCAUGUGCUCUCGCGCCUCGGGACAGGCGCAUUCAGCAAGGUGCUUCUUGCUGAGCCCCUCUCCCAGGAGAGAAAAGGGCGCGUCGCGCUCAAGAUGAUUGCCUGCGAGCCGUGGAAGAUCGACAAGCGUAUGCGCGUCAGUUGGAUCCGUGAAGUCGAAGUGCUGAAGCACAUCGCACAUCCCUCGAUCGUCGCUUUUGUCGAUUCCUUCCGCACGCCGCAGCACUAUACGCUCGUUUUGGACGCCGUCGAUGGCGGCGAAUUGUUUGACCUCUUGUCGCGCCACCAAGCAGACAUUGCUCAGCGCGAAUGGCUGGUACGCCGCAUCUUUGGUGAGCUUGCGGCAGCCGUGGGGUGGAUGCACGAAAACAACCUCGUGCAUCGCGAUAUCAAGCUCGAGAACAUUAUGAUGACGCGCACCCUCUUUGCGCCGGACGCUCCUCCGCUCGUCCCGUCCGCGCUGGGGCCGGUGCCGCUGAUCAAAGUGACCGACUUUGGCCUCGCGCGCUUUAUCCACCCCGACCAGAUGCUCGAGACGCGUUGCGGUAGCGAAGAGUACGCCGCGCCAGAGCUCAUCAUCGGCAAGAAGUACGACGGACGCAAGACCGAUGCAUGGGCCCUCGGCGUGGUCCUCUAUGCUUUGCUCACCGGCGGCUUGCCCUUCCUCGAGUCGCCGCAAGACACGCCCGACCUACAAGAGGAGCGGGAGAAGCAACACGGCGGAAAUAAUAGCGACCGCGAUGCCAAACUGCGCAAGGCACACCUCCUGCGGAUUGCCAAAGGCGAACUCCGCUGGCCAGAGCGCGCCAAUGACCGGAGCGAGACGGCAGACAGGGGCAACUAUGAGAAGUCCCUUCGUCUGGUGACGCCGCAGGCGCGGCACAUUGCGUCGCGGUUCCUGCGUCGCGAUGCGAACCGCCGCGCUGCCUGCUGGGACUUGUGGAAGGACCCUUGGUUCCUCUAUGGCAGCUUUGUCUCGUCGCACGACUCGGCGCCUUCCCCGCUUCCCUUGAACGAGGCCACGAUGUUGUGUCCAGCCGAGGAGGCAAGCGCGGCCGGCGAGCGCGUUCCACUUUCGUACAACCCUCUUAGCGAAAGAGGGCGAAAGUGGAUCGAGUCGUUCACUGCGACGCGCAGUGAGAACGCGCCGAUGCACCGCGACUUGCCCCCGUAG